CAAAUUCCAAAAUAAAAAAAUAAAAAAAAAAGAAUUUUCAAAAUCUACCUUUUUCCUCAACUGACCCCGCCCCGCGUUUUCUCUCUCAUCAUCACUUUUUUACUUUCUCUCUCUACUCAAUUUUUCUCCACUCUCACCAAACUCCCUCUCUUUCCCCCCACUUUCUCUCUCUUUCCCCACUCCACCAAUGCUCCUCCAUUUCCACCACCGCUGACGGCGGAGAAACCCAACCAAGUCCUGAAUCCACCAAACACACUUAACCCUUCAAACCCUUUCUUUCCUAAGUAGUGAAUUUCACUUUCACUACUCAUGGGUAACUGUAACGCCUGCAUAAGGCCGGACAACGGAGCUUCUACUGCUUCCUCGUCCGGGAAACAUCGACACUCCGAUUCACAUGGUAAUCCUAAAUCCCCAAAACCCAGAAAAGCCCGCGAGCGGAGACCCAACCCGUAUGCGGAAUCGCCCGCUCCGAUUAAGGUUUUGAAGGAUUUUAUGCCGAGGACUAAAAUCUCGGACAAGUAUAUUUUGGGGAGGGAGCUGGGUCGGGGCGAAUUCGGGGUCACUUAUUUGUGUACGGACAGGGAAACCAGGGCGGCCCUGGCUUGUAAAUCGAUAUCGAAGAAGAAACUGAGGACGGCUGUGGAUAUUGAGGAUGUGAGGAGGGAAGUUGCCAUCAUGUCGAGUUUGCCUGAUCAUCCGAAUAUCGUGAAAUUGAAGGCUACUUAUGAGGAUAACGAGGCGGUUCAUUUGGUUAUGGAGUUGUGUGAAGGUGGGGAAUUGUUUGACAGGAUUGUGGCCAGGGGGCAUUACAGUGAAAGAGCCGCCGCCGCAGUGGCGAAAACUAUUGCCGAAGUGGUUAGGAUGUGUCACGCUAAUGGUGUCAUGCAUAGAGAUUUGAAGCCGGAGAAUUUCUUGUUUGCCAAUAAGAAGGAGAAUUCUGCACUCAAGGCUAUUGAUUUUGGGUUGUCUGUGUUUUUUAAGCCCGGUGAAAGGUUUUCUGAGAUUGUUGGCAGUCCAUACUACAUGGCCCCAGAGGUUUUAAAGCGCAACUACGGACAGGAGGUGGAUAUUUGGAGUGCUGGUGUGAUUCUUUAUAUCUUGCUUUGCGGAGUUCCUCCAUUUUGGGCAGAAACUGAGCAGGGUGUUGCUCUAGCUAUCCUUCGGGGAGUGAUUGAUUUUAAAAGAGAACCGUGGCCUCAAAUAUCUGAAAGUGCGAAAAGCCUUGUUCGGCAAAUGUUGGAGAUGGAUCCCAAGAAACGUUUGACUGCUCAGCAGGUGCUUGACCACCCAUGGAUACAAAAUGCAAAGAGAGCUUCCAAUGUUCCAUUAGGUGACAUAGUUAGGUCAAGGUUGAAGCAAUUUUCUGUUAUGAAUAAAUUCAAGAAGAAAGCACUGCGGGUGAUUGCGGAACACUUGUCUGUGGAAGAGGUGGAGGUCAUAAGAGAUAUGUUCACAUUGAUGGACACGGACAAUGAUGGAAAAGUUACAUUCGAGGAGUUAAAAGCAGGACUUAAGAAAGUUGGGUCGCAGUUGGCGGAGCCCGAAAUAAAGUUGCUAAUGGAAGUUGCUGAUGUUGAUGGAAAUGGUAUCUUGGACUAUGGCGAGUUUGUAGCUGUAACAAUCCACUUGCAACGUGUGGAGAAUGAUGAGCACUUCCGCAGAGCAUUUAUGUUCUUUGACAAAGAUGGCAGUGGGCACAUUGAGCUGGAUGAGCUGAGAGAAGCUUUAGCAGAUGAGUCGGGAGAGACAGACAUGGCUGUGCUCCAUGAAAUCAUGCGAGAGGUGGAUAUAGACAAGGAUGGAAGAAUUAGCUAUGAUGAAUUUGUGGCGAUGAUGAAAACUGGAACUGAUUGGAGAAAGGCAUCUCGCCAGUACUCAAGAGAAAGGUUCAAGAGUUUGAGCCUUAAUCUGAUGAAAGAUGGAUCCCUGCAGUUGCAGGAUGGAUUCACUGGUCAAACUGUUGUUGUUUGAUUUCACCUCCCUGAUUUCUGUUAUUACUUUUUCCUUGUCACUUUAGAAGUUUAUUAGCCAACCAAAGCAGAUUUUCCCUAAUCCAGAAGUCCAGCUUCACAGAAAGCCGGCACGAUAAAACUCGGAGAUAUACGUGGAUAAUUUGAACAGCUGUGUAGGCGGCACCAGGGGUUCAAACUUCAAACAUUUCAAGGUCUGUGGUUUCUGGUGGAAGAUUUGGAGCAUUUGAUAGUUAAAAUGAUCAUAAAUCUAGGUGACCAUUAUUUUAUGGUUAGUAAAUAUGUUUUACCUUCUUUCUUCUAUUUGUAAAUUGUGGUAUUUAUUUGUGGUUUUGAAUACCAAGGUUGUGAUGCCUUUUCAUAAUUGUAUUGUAGAAAAGAAGAAAAGCGUGAGUUGAUUUUUGCACAUAUAUUUGAACCCUGGAGAUAUUCUUUCAUUUGUUCCCUGACUGGAAAAUGUGCCAAGUGCUGUGUGAAAUUUUAGCUAAUCUUUUACUCCUUGGUUAGAAUUUUGCUCUGGUGACUGGUGGUGGUG